AUGAAAAGAAAGGUUUUAUUAAUGGGUAGAAGUGAGUCUGGUAAGACUUCUAUGAGAUCAAUUAUUUUUGCAAAUUAUAUUGCAAGAGAUACAAUGAGAUUAGGGGUUACAAUUGAUGUUGAACAUUCACAUGUUAGAUUUUUAGGUAAUUUAGUAUUGAAUUUAUGGGAUUGUGGUGGUCAAGAAGGUUUUUUAGAAAGUUAUUUAACAACACAAAGAGAUCAUAUCUUUAGAAAUGUAGAAGUAUUAAUCUAUGUAUUUGAUAUUGAAUCAAGAGAACAUCAAAAAGAUAUUAAAAACUAUAAAUCAUGUAUUGAAGCCAUUUCACAAAAUUCAAAAGAUGCAAAGAUCUUUUGUUUAAUUCACAAGAUGGAUUUGGUACCAGAGGAUCAAAGAGAUACACUUUUUAAAAACAAAGAACAAGAGAUUAGACAAGCAUCACUUCCAUUGAAACCAACAUGUUUCAGAACCUCAAUUUGGGAUGAAACUUUAUACAAAGCAUGGUCAUCAAUCGUUUAUUCAUUAAUUCCAAAUGUAAAAGUAUUAGAGUACAAUUUGGACAAGUUUUGCAAGAUUUGUGAAGCUGAUGAAGUUGUUCUCUUUGAAAAGGCAACUUUUUUGGUUAUCUCUCAUUCUGCUCGUAAAGUUCACAAAGAUGUUCAUCGUUUUGAAAAGAUCUCCACAAUCAUUAAACAAUUCUUUUUAAGUUGUAGUAAAUCUCAAGCAAAUUUCCAAGCAAUGGAAGUCAGAAAUUCAAAUUUCGCCGCUUUCAUUGAUGCUUUCACCUCAAAUACUUAUAUCAUGGUAAUCAUGUCUGAUCCAACCAUUGAAUCUUCUGCUACCUUAUUAAAUAUUCAAGUUGCAAAAUCUCAUUUUGAAAAAUUCAUUAAUAGUACUUCAAAUUAA